AUGGUCCUGACAGAGGGCUUUCAGCGCGAACUCGAGUACGACGAACGCCGGGCUCGUGGCCCUCACAAACGGAACAAUAUGCCAAGAUGGUCAGGUCAACCCUCUAUCAAGGGGAGUACUGAAGCAGUGCGUAUGGCCUUGUUGACACUCAACACCAUCGGCAUUACAUUCGUUUGGGGUGUAGAGCAAACAUAUUGUACCCCCUACCUCCUUUCUCUCGGAUUGACGAAAAGUAAAACAUCCUUGGUCUGGAUCGCUGGGCCGCUCUCUGGACUUAUCGUGCAGCCGAUAGUCGGCGCGUUAGCAGACGAAUCGACAUCGAAAUGGGGACGACGUAGACCGUUUAUCGUGAUUGGCGCUAUACUCUCUUCUCUGUGUCUCCUCACUUUGGGUUUCACAAAGGAGAUAGUAGGAUACUUCGUUCCCGACGAAAAGGUGGCGCAAACCUUCACAAUAUCCGCCGCCGUGUUGUCGAUAUAUGCAGUUGACUUUUCUAUUAACGCCGUAAUGUCGGCGGCAAGGAGUCUCGUCGUUGACACACUUCCGAUCGACAAGCAGCAAACGGGAUCUGCUUGGGGUAGUAGAAUGUCAGCCAUUGGCCAUGGAAUUGCCUAUGCGACCGGCGCUGUCGAUUUGCCCUCACUCCUUGGAACAUCCCUAGGCGAUACCCAGUUCAAACAGCUGACUGUUAUUGCCGCGCUGGGUCUUGUCUUGACGUGUGGAAUUACUGCCUGGGCCGUAACAGAGAGGAUUUUGAUCGCUCCAAGGCAUGAUCCUCGUAGGAAUGAUGGGGGUUUUAAGGUUAUCAGUCAAAUCUGGUCGACUAUUGUGAAUCUGCCGCCUCGCAUACGAGCAAUCUGUAUGGCGCAAUUUUGGGCUUGGAUUGGAUGGUUCCCUUUUCUCUUCUACAGUACAACGUGGAUAGGCGAGACCUACUUUCGAUACGAUACGCCGCAUGAUGCAAAAGACUCGGGGGAUGCGCUUGGGGAGAUAGGUAGAGUUGGAAGCGAGGCCUUUAUUAUCUAUUCCGUCAUCACCUUUUUCGGGUCAUGGAUUCUGCCAAUGGUUAUUAGAUCACCAGAUGAUGAAAGUUAUACCCGGCGCCCUCCCCAGAGUCUUCGGGGCGUCAUGGAGAGAUUCAAUAAGUAUAAGCCAGACCUUCUAACUGCGUGGAUGUGCGCCCAUGCAACCUUUGCAGGAGCAAUGAUCUUCGCACCAUUUGCCCAUAGCUUUAGGUUUGCGACUAUCCUCGUUUGCCUAUGCGGAUUACCUUGGAAUAUAGCAUCAUGGGCGCCUUCGGCAUUCCUCGGAGUCGAGGUCAAUAAGCUUAGUGGCGCAACUGGGUCCUCCAACUCAUCGUACCGUCGUCUGUCGCAUGACUCAAACGUGGAGUUGGAGGACUUGAAUGAUCCGGCCAGCCCUUCCGUUCUCGAUCCAGAGGGUUUGCACGCCACGUCGAAGUCGGGCUCAUCCGGUCAGCUAUCCGGUGUUUAUUUCGGUAUCCUGAACAUCUAUACAACGAUCCCACAAUUCAUCGGCACAAUUCUCAGCACUAUCAUCUUCAGUAUCCUUGAACCAGGCAAGAGCCCCGAGUUGGCGCAUAACGCACACCCAGAUGAGCACCACAGUACCGACGGGCCAAAUGCUAUUUCCGUAUGCUUGUUCAUUGGGGCCUGUAGUGCAAUGGUGGCUGUAUUUGCCACUAGAAAACUUAAGUAUUUGUAG